AUGGCUUGUGCUGGAGUUAUAGCGGUGAUUAUAUCUUUUCUUUCUUUCUUUCUUUUUUCUUUUUUCUUUCUUUCUUUCUUUCUUUCUUUCUUUCUUUCUUUCACUUACUCUCUUUUCUCUUUCUUUGUCACAGUAUUUCUUUUGCCGUCUUUCCUUCCUUCCUUCCUUCCUUCCUUCCUUCUCUCGCUUACCCUCUUUUCUCUUUCUUUGUCACAGUAUUUCUUUUACCGUAUUACCUUCCUUCCUUCCUUCCUUCCUUCUUUCUUUCGCUUACUCUCUUUUCUCUUUCUUUGUCACAGUAUUUCUUUUGCCGUCUUUCCUUCCUUCCUUCCUUCUUUCUUUCAACACUCUCUUUUUUCUUUCUUUCUUUUCUUUUGCCAUCUGUGUUUCAUUUUUCCUUCCUUCCUUUCCUUCCUUCUUUCGCUUACUUCUUUCUUCUUCUUUGUUCAUUCUUUUUUCCUUUCCUUCCUUCCUUCCUUCCUUCUUUCCUUCAUUUCUCCUUUCUUCCUUCCUUCCUUCUUUGUUUUUUCCUUCCUUCCUUCUUUUUUGCUUACUUUUUUUAUUUUCUUUUUUUGUCCUUUCGUUUACGACUGUCUUUCUUUCCUUCCUUUUCUCACAUUCUUUCUUAAUUUUUCUUUCUGUCUUACCAUUUUCAUUGUUUCUUUCUAUUCAAUAUUGUGCCUUUCUUUCUUUCUUUCCUUCUUUCUUUCUUUCUUUCUUUCUUUCUUUCUUUGCUUACCUCUCUACCUUUAUCUAUCUCUGCUUUUUCUUUCAAUUUUCUCUUUUUUUUUCCUUUUAUCAAUAUAUAUCUAUCUAUCUAUCUAUCUCUGUUCAUAUCUAUCUAUCGAAUCUCAAAAUAUCCCUCUAUCUAUCUAUCUUCUAUUUAUCUAUCUAUGGUUUUUUCUGUUCUCAGUCUUUCAUAUCUAUCUAUUUUAUCUAUUUUAUCUAUCUAUCUUUUAUUUAUCUUCUUUCCAUAUCUAUCUAUCUGUUUAUUUAUCCAUGAAUCUAUCCCAUCUAUCUAAAGGUCUAUCUCAACUGUUCAAGCAUUCUCUGUUCUCAAAUUUUCCACCUCUUCUGAUCCUCUCUGUCUUUCCAUCUAUCUAUUAUCCAUUUAUUUAUUAG